UUCAAGAUGGUGCCACAGAAAGUCAAGAAGCCUAAGCGGUCAGUCUGGAAGUUUGGUUUGGACCUUACUCAUCCAGUAGAAGGUAUUUUUGAUUCUUAAAAUUUUGAAUAGUUUCUACAGGAGAAGGUUAAAGUCAAUGGAAAAACUAGAAAUCUUAGGACUGCUGUUCACAUUGAACGCUGCAAGAAUAAAAUGACAGAUGCUUCUGAGAAACUGUUCUCAAAAAGAUAUUUGAAGUAUCUUACCAAGAAAUAUCUUAAAAAGAACAGUCUUCAUGACUGGCUUCAUGUGGUUGCAUCUGACAGGGAGACUUAUGAACUUCGUUACUUCCAGACUAGUCAAGAUGAAGAUGGAUCCGAGUCUGAGGACUAG